UGGUGAUGGCAAGCUACAUUGUAGCCACAGCCACCCUGGGGCGCACUGACAGAGGCGUUCUUUAGUCUGUUGGUUUUGCACCUGAUGGAUCUGAGCCUUUUUCCAGAGGGCAGGAUGUUGAAGAGGUGGUGGCUAGGAUGGAGGUGGUCCUUUAUAAUUGCCCUGGCUCUGGAGAGACAUCUUGAGCUGCCAAUUAAGUCCAGGGAGGGGAGUGGACAGCCGAUCACCUUCUCUGCAGUUCUGAUGACCCUCUGUAGUCUCUUCUUGUCAGCUGUUGUGCAACCAGCGUACCACACAGGGAUGGCGUGCACCAGCACACUCUCGAUAGUGUCACGGUAGAAGAAUGCAAUUGUGUGAGUCAGAGUUUCUCAUCAAUAAUUACUAUAUUUUACUUACAUACUUUAUUUUCCUAGUUAGGUAUUCUUUCGACUUCUGUGCAUUUCCGUAGUUUGAACUCAGAACAUGGAGAUAACAUGGGCACAACAAAGAGUUGUUAAAAUACAGGACUUUAAUGGAAUAUAUUGCUUGUUAUGUUGUUUUUGUAUUUCUUUUAUUAUGACUGUGAAAGAAGAAAAUGUUAUAACUUUACAGAGAAAGAUGUAGAUGCCUGUGGUUGUGAAUGUGUAAAGGUUAAUGAGGGUUUAAACUCACGUCUUUGUGCAGGUAGUAUGGAUUCAUUCAUCAUUACUGCUUGGGUAUGGAAGGGAAAUCUUGUUAGUGGCGUUCAAGAGCAAGAAUAUUCAUGCUUGUCUUUUGUCAUCACAAGAAAACUUUAGACUUUCUGUUAUGGAGAAGACUGCCUGGUUUUAUUUGAAGUUCCUAACGUUAUGGACUGUGAAAGGAUUUAAUAUCCGCUCCAGUUGUUUGUCAUUUUCUCUCCCAUCACAGAUGCUAUUUAUAGCUGUAACUGUUACGACUGACAGCAGGAGUAUGUUGGAGCUCUGCACAUUUUCACCUCCUAUCAUUCCCAUCUGAUGUUUUCCAUUUCUCUGACCUCCUUCUUGUGGUUAUUGCGGUACUCCUUUAACCGUUACAUAAAACAUACAGUAUUGUGCAAAAAUGUUGAAAAAUAAUGCAGUGAGUAGCUUCAUAAGUUCACCCUCAAAUCAGUAAUUGUUGUGCUUGCACUUUUUCUUUGAUGCAGCACCAGUUCUCAAAGGAACAUUUUUCAAAGCAUCUUGAAGCACUUGCUGCAGUUUUUCUGUGUCAGCCUGUCUCUCACUUUUCACUGUCUUUUUGUGUAAAGACAGACUGACGCAUUGAUAUUGGGAUCAGGCCUCUGCGGGGGACCAGAUAUCUAAUGUCUAGAAUUGACCUAAACCUUUGCUCAGUGCCAUAUGUCUGCUCUCUUUUGUAUCAAAGUCAAUGUCUAACAUUCCCCUUCUCUCAAUGUUUUACAUUUCUUUCCUACCCCCAACACCCCCCAUUUCUUCCCAAAAGACCCCUUUGCUCCCUCAGAUGGUAGCACCAACGCAGCGUCUUCAGGUCUAGACCUUUUCGGCAUGAUGUCAGUGGAGAGCAAUAACCCGGCUAGUUCCCUGGAUGCCUGUUUUAGCUCGGGUGUGCCCCAGCCCUCCCCUUCCCAUUCCCCUUCACCGCUCUUCACCUCCUCAUCCAACACCAUCACCACCACUGCAACCAUUUCAGCUCCUAUUGCCGCCAGCACCACCAGCCCUGGGAUUGACCUUUUCAGUGAUAUCUUUGACUCCAUGCCAGACACGAGCUUCUCCAAAACAGACCUCGCUCCCAGUGCUGACUUGUUUUCAGCAGCGGAUGUGUUCAGCUCCUCUGCCCCCAUCCUCUCCUCAGCACCCCCAUCCAAAAUUGACACAGGAGCCAUCAUGAAUCUGUUUGGUGUGUGAAGCUGAAGGCUGAUUGUUCCCCUUCUUUGCCUUAAUGCUGCGAUGGAAAUGGCUCGACCCACUGCGACCCUGUCAUGGAAUGAAUGGUGGACUGUGUUUAUGUUUUUUGGUUGAC